UUGGGGUUUUAGGGUUUUCAUUUCUGCUCACGAUUUGAUUAAUCAAUUAUAAAAUCCACUAAAGGGAUUUCAGCAUUCACUGGUACUUGUUUCCAAUUUCAUAGUGGUUGGUUUCAAUUUUGAUUUUAGGUUUAUGUCUUUUCAAUUGAAUCACAUACUACUUCUAAGAUCAUUCCGCCAGUUUAUACAUUACAAUGAACUCACCUCAGCUCCAGCGGUAUAUCUAUCGAUCAGCAGAACCGAAGAUUUCAAUCUGGGGGGUUCAGUACUUCAGAAAUUGGAUUUUAGGGUUCAAUCGUUGCACUUGAAGAUCAUCCAUUUCUACACUCAAUAGGUACUGCUUCCUUUUCCAUCUUUCAAUUUUGGCUUUUCAACCAAAAAUUUUGGGGAUUUUCUGAAUUUAUCAAGGUUUAUUGUUAACAAUGGAAGAAGCAAGAAAUGCACCAUAUAUUGAUCGGGAAGAUAGAAUUAGUAGGUUACAAGAUGAACUUAUUCAUUAUAUUAUGUCUUUCAUUGAUACCAAACUUGCUGUUCAAACAUGUGUUUUGUCGAAAAGGUGGAUUCAUAUUUGGAAAUCUCUACCAUUUCUUAACUUCAAUAGGAAUUCAUUUUCGAAUGAAAAAAUCCAUAAGUUUGUAAUGUUUGUAGACAUGGUAUUUCUUUGUCGCAAUGACAUUGACAUUCAGAAGUUUAUGAUACGUUGGGAUAACUCUGUGUAUGAUGAUUCAGUGAUAGUGCAUGUUAAUAGAUGGAGCCUUAUUGCUGCCGUUAAGCACAAUGUUCAAGAAAUAAUGAUAAGAAUCACUCACUGUCGUAAUUUGGCAUAUGAAAUUCCAUACCAUCUCCUUAAUUCCAAAUCACUAAGAAAGUUGGAAAUGCAAGUGUUUCGUAGUACCAGAUUUGUAAACAUGAUUCUACCAAGAUCAAUGAAUCUACCUCAGCUCAAACUACUGUCUUUUACUGGAGUCUCAAUCUCUAAUGUAGAAGCAUCUAAAAGACUCUUUUCUAGUUGUCCAGUUCGUGAAACAUUACGCUUAGUUGAUUGUGAUGUACAAACUGAUAAUCAAAAGAAUUUGAUUGUCGAUUCCCUAAGCCUUAGGGAGUUUGAAUAUAGUCAUCGUCGUAAUUAUCUUUUACGCGAUAAUGAUAUUCUGGUUAACGUUAUCAAGUUGUGUACUCCAAAUCUGGAUGUCUUCACUUGCAAAUCUUUCUUUACACAUGAUUAUUCUCUGGAAAUCUCUUCUCCACUAUCAAGGGUAAAUUUUGACAUGAAACUCAAAGCAAAAAAAGAAGAUGAGAAUGUGGAAACGUACUCAAAUCUUCCUUCAACGGAUAAAGAAGUUUAUGCUAAACGAAUGUUGCAAAUUCUAAGAGCGGUUUAUUUGGUUAAAGGAAUGAGGUUAUUGUCACCUGGUUUCUUUGAGGUUCUCUCACGAGCACCUGACUCAUUAGACUGUCAACCACCCCGCUUAUGUAAUCUGAAGUAUUUGACGUUGGAAAUGGGGUGUACAAGAAGUUGUUUGCGUGCUAUAGCAUACUUACUCAAGAUAUCUCCUCAUGUAACUCAAUUGUUGCUUAAAAACAAGGAGUCAAAUCUAGCGGAUGUUGGAGAUGGUUGGGAAGCAGGAUUGUCAUCGCCGGGAAUGUUGUCUCACCUUGAGCUUGUCGGGAUUAUGGAAGUAGAAGGAUGUGACAAUGAACUCAAAUUUCUCAGUUUUUUGUUGAAAAAUGUGACGACCUUGAGGACUGUGGUACUGUAUCCUCGUUCUCCUGUUGCCUCUCCUGACAGAGUGAGAAAGCAAUUUCUGGAUAGGCUAAGAGCAUUUCCAAGAGCUUCUUCUUCCAUCAUAAUGCACUGGGCAGCAGCAAAUAGUACCCACCCUAUAUGAUAAAUCAACAAGAUACACUUUAUGUACUGAAAUGACAUGACUUCCCUUGCAAGGUCUGUUAGUUCGAGGUUUCUUCCUUUGACUUACUUUUGUUUUUUUGGUUAUGCGGUUUUAUGUGUGAAAUAGAAAGGACUGGAAUGUCUAGUGAUCCUAUCCUCUAACUCCGGUACUUAUGCGUCUGUCUUCAUAUCCGAACUAUACACGGCGAGGUGGUAUAAAGUUUGUGAUUUAUAAUCUGUACGUCUUUAUAUAUACUGGUUAAAUUAGAACACCUGAGUUGUCCAUCAUAUAAGCCAAUGGUGCCUCUCUCCAUGUAGUGUUUUCUAUACUGACG